AUGCGGGACUACAAGCUGGUUGUUUUGGGUGCUGGUGGUGUAGGCAAAUCAUGUUUAACAGUGCAGUUUGUACAGGGAGUAUACCUGGAUACUUAUGAUCCCACAAUAGAAGACUCAUAUCGCAAAUCGAUGGAGAUUGACAAGAAGGUUUUCGAUCUUGAAAUUCUCGACACAGCCGGCGUGGCCCAGUUCACAGCGAUGCGUGAACUUUAUAUCAAGUCUGGGCUUGGGUUCCUAUUGGUUUAUUCGGUAACGGAUAGACAGUCACUGGAAGAAUUGAUAGAGCUACGAGAGCAGGUACUGCGCAUAAAGGACUCGACAAAAGUUCCCAUGGUAUUAGUGGGUAACAAAGCGGAUUUAGAAGACGAGAGGGUGAUCUCUGUAGAAGAAGGCGUGGAAAUGAGCAGCAAGUGGGGGAAAGUGCCCUUCUAUGAGACGAGCGCGCUACAAAGGAGCAACGUGGACGAAGUAUUCGUUGAUGUCGUCAGACAAAUCAUUCGUAAUGAGAUGGAGGUGCAAAACGCAGGCCCCGGCUCCGCAGGUCGUAUGUCGCGCCGCGAAACAGGCCUUACAUCGACUUCGGGACCCCACAGUCCUCUUGGGCUACAACAGGGUCACCAGGGACCGCUUUCCAGAGGCAAUACGGCCGACUUGUCCUCUAACGCGAGGACUUUACCACAGGCAAAGGCCAAAAAACUUGAUCUUAAGCGCAAGAAGAAAAAAGAUUGCGUGAUCCUUUAG